GGGAAAUUAAUAAAUAGUGUAGUGAGUUGGCAGCUGACUGUUGAUUGUUGAGUGUCCAAAUAUUCGGCGCCUAAAACCCUAAACCCUGAAUUCAUUCAAUUAAAUCCUUCGGUCUUCGUAUGAUUGGAUUGUGAACCAGAAUAGAGGAAAAUUACCAAGAAAAAGAAGAAUGGGCGAUUCAUGUGAGAAGAAGAAGAAGAAGAAUAAGACGGAAUGGAAGAACCCGAAAAAGUAUAAGCCAGAGGAGGAGCAGCCCAAAAACCCCACAAACGGUUCCAACGCUAACUCUACCGCCAAACGGAAACGCAAAGAAGUUGCCAUCUUUGGAAACUACAGGAACUACUAUGGCUACCGAAUAGGGAAAGAUUUAGAAGAGGACCCGAGGUUAAAGGUUAUGAAGAAAGAAUGGUUUCAGGGGAAGGAUUGCCUGGAUAUUGGCUGUAACAGUGGCGUAAUUACGAUUCAAAUUGCUCAGAAGUUUUCCUGCAACAGCAUCCUUGGAAUUGACAUUGAUGGAGAUCGAGUUGAGGAUGCGAAAUGGACCUUGAGGAAAUUUGUUAGGACUUCUAAGAAGAAAUCUGCAACUGACAAAUCAACGGCCGGAGAAGAAGGAAAUCAACCUGAUAACCUUGUAACUAAGUCUCAAAGUGAAUCAUCAAGGUGUGAUUCGGAGUGUUCAACUACAUCUGCUGGAAGAGAUUUGUUUGACAUGGUCUCCUUUGAGAAAGGGAAUUUUGUCCGUAAUUGGAGUUCACCUGCAAAUAAACUUUAUCAUACAAUAGUUUGCUUAAGCGUGACAAAAUGGAUCCAUUUAAAUUGGGGUGAUGAUGGAUUGAUCACCUUAUUCUCAAAAGUCUGGAAGUUGCUUCAGCCGGGUGGUGUUUUUAUUGUGGAACCCCAACCAUGGACCUCAUAUUCAAAAAAUCGCCUGGUGUCCGAGGCGGCGACAGAAAAUUAUCAAAAUAUUGAGAUAGGUCCAGGAGAUUUUCAAGAAAUUCUUUUGGACAAGAUUGGUUUUCGAAGAGUGGAACACAUUAACCCGAGCUUAUCUAAGGGGAAGGCUGGUUUCAACAGGCCAAUUUUGGCAUUUUGGAAGUGAAUCUUAGAAGAUUUGGUGUACAUGGAAUGGUGCACGUGAAGGAGCACUCUUAUUGGAUUUAACAUACCAAUUUUGGCAUUGGGGAAGCGGAUCUUCAUGAAUUUUUGUGUAGUUGAAAAUUUGCAGUUGGAGGAGCCUGUCUAUUUUGUGAGCGUAAUCUUUCUUGAUGCACUCAUGAAGGCGGAAGCCGUGGGCAAAAUAUAUUUAAUUAGCCUGUGAAAUUGUACAGAGACCAAUUUUAACUUAAAUGAAAUCGAAUAUUCAAGCUGCAAAGUUUUUUCUCCCGCCUGCAUUUUUCAUAUCUUCAGUUGACAUCAAUUUAGUAGCCCACAACUUAUGUUGCAGUCCCUUUAAUUUUAUGCUCCCUGUGGCUCUCAAACUGAUUGUACGUAACAAUUUUGCUGGUGAUUUACGUUUUGUAGAAUAAUGUGCGUCUAUCCUUG